CACAGCCUCUGCACCCAUGGCGCCCUCUGCCGCCGUCCCCGCUGCGGCCAGCACGGAGGCCGACGGGGCACCGCGCAUGGCCAAGUUCCUCAUCAGCUUCGGGGGCAGCAUCCUGCCGCGCCCGCUCGACGGCCGCCUCCGCUACGUCGGCGGCGACACCCGGAUCGUCAUGCUGCCCCGCGACAUACCCUACUCCGACCUGGCCGCGCGGAUGCGCGAGCUCUACGAGGACGCCGACAUCAUCAAGUACCAGCAGCCCGACGAGGACCUCGACGCGCUGGUCUCGGUCGUCAACGACGAUGAUGUGGUCAACAUGAUGGAGGAGUACGACAAGCUCAUCGCUGCCGGGGAGGGGUUCACCCGGCUGAGGGUCUUCUUGUUUUCGCAGCACCUGGAUGAUGAUGCUGUGUCGGCGGCUGUGCACUACCGCGGAGAUGAUCGGGAGACGGAGAGGAGGUACGUCGACGCGCUCAAUAGCCUCGGUGACAUGAGGUCGCCUUCCUCUCCGGUAUCGGUGGAGCAGCUUUUCGGCAUCGGAGGCAAUGAGUCGGGGAUUCCUGAUAGUUUGCACCAUCUGAAUGUUCCUCGCCCGUCACAGAGUCAGAGGUAUGGGGAGAUGGACUCUCCUUGGAGCCCUGCAUAUGUCUCUCCAGGGCAGCAGUAUGGAGUGCAUGAUCCCAGGGAUUUUCCUGUUUCACCAUCAUCUGCAAGGUUUCAGGUCGGAGCGGAGGAUUUUGAUGAGAGGAUUCCUGAUGACUUUGUAAGGAGUUCACCAAAAUACCGGCACUACGAGACUCAGUCACCGCCACAUGUGGAUAACUUGGUCUGGCUUCCACCUGGUGCUGUAAUUCAGCAAAAUGCUGGCUUCCCAGGGAACUUGGGCCAGCAAAAUGCUGGCUUCCCCGGGAACUUGGGCCGCUCUGGCACUUUCUUGGAUGGAAACAGUGUAUAUGACUCCCGUUCGCCAUUCCAGAAGGUUCAAGGUUCAGUGGGCGAUCCUCGCUAUGUGGAUCCCCGUUGGAGGCCAGUCCCGCAAACUUUUGACCAGUCCAGCAUGGCAAAUGAGUAUUCUGUUCACCCUUCUAAUCCGCGUCAAGAUUAUUUUCGUCCUGGUGAGCAUUAUGUUGUAGGCCAAGAUGUUAGGCUGGAAAAUGGUGUUUAUGUGAAAGAGCAAGCUGGUGGUCACCCUCCAAUGUUCUACAAUGAAUCACAUUCUCAUGAUAGAGCUUGGCAUGCGCAUCCCAACCAAAGUCAUCAACGGUACGAGGAUCCAAGGUUGAAUCUGGCUGCUAAUGGUAGAGUGAUGGAUCCAUACACUGAUAGCAGCUCUGCUAAUUCUGCAUUUGCACCCAACAAAGUAUAUGAAAUGCAUUCAGCAUCCCACAGUCGCUCAAGCCAUGAAAGUCCCCACUAUUAUCAUGGCAGUGGAGAGCAUAUCAAUGAUGCAUAUCAUAAUCCACAAGUUGUAAGUAGUGGCUCGUAUGUCCAGACGUCGGGUUUUGAAGAAUCGACAGGCCAGCAUUACAGCCAUACUUCAACAUAUGGUGGAGAUACCUUUUACCAAAUGCAGCAGAAUUUGCCACCACUUCAACCAAGCAGAAGGAGGGCAAGCAGCCCUGUUCAUACAGCCUCACCAUAUGAAUCACCACACCUGCCGAUCCCAAAUGGUGGGAGUAUUAACUCCAACUUCGUCAGAAACACAGGUGAUGUUAGUCCAAGGAUUCCAGGUGUGCCUGCAUAUGAUCGAGUUCCAAACCCAUGGCCUUUACCCAACGGCGGCAUACCAUAUAGAAUUGUUGGACAUGAUAUUCCUGCUGUUGGAGAAAACUCUUCCUCUCUAGGUCCUUGGCCAAAUACAAAUACUACUCAGUAUGCUCAGCCUUUCUUUGCCCCAGAAUCAGCCCAGCAGCAACCUGGGGCUCCGUUGAUAGAAAUUGUUCCUGAAAGAGCAUCUGCUGGACCCAUGCCGGCAUCACUUGAUGGUAAAGUAUCUGUUGCUGCAGUACCCCUCACUGAUCAGGUGUCCAUGUUGGACAUUAGCACAACAAAGAAAUUUGAAGGACCAGAGGAUGAAGGGCAUGCUAGAAAUGUGACUGACUCACACUCUGUCAUUGACCCUAGUACCUUGGUCCACAGUGUUGGAGUUACACAUGAAGUCCAACAGGGCAAGUCUACAGAACAUGAUGGCAGGGCUACAGCAUUGCAGGAAGGUGGGGAUAUAUCGGGGGACAGAUUGAAUCUCCUUCCAGAGUUUGUCGCCUCUGUUAAAAAGGCUGCACUGGAAGAUGCCGAGAAGCCAGGAGAGGUUCAGCCAGAUGCUUCUCGUGCUAUUUCACCUGUCUGUGCUGAUGACAAUGACGAAAAGAAGUUUGAUGAGAAUACUGAGGGAAAUCAGGACAAUGAUGUCCAUGGAAGCUGCGACCCUCACAAAAGUUCCGGGAUCGAAUCUACACCCGCUGAAGCUGAAGCUUUGUCUAAAGGACUACAGACUAUAAAAAAUGAUGAUCUGGAGGAAAUCAGAGAGCUGGGUUCAGGUACUUAUGGGGCAGUCUUUCAUGGUAAAUGGAGAGGGUGUGAUGUUGCCAUCAAAAGAAUAAAAGCGAGUUGCUUUGAUGGAAGGCCAUCCGAGAGAGAGCGCUUGAUUGCAGAUUUCUGGAAAGAAGCUCAGAUCCUGAGCUCACUUCAUCAUCCCAAUGUAGUUGCAUUUUAUGGUGUUGUUCGCGAUGGUCCUGAUGGAAGCUUAGCUACUGUUACUGAGUUUAUGGUCAAUGGGUCUCUGAAACAAUUCUUGAGGAAAAAAGACCGGACAAUUGAUCGCCGCAAAAGAGUUAUAUUGGCCAUGGAUGCUGCAUUUGGCAUGGAAUAUUUGCAUGGGAAGAAUAUCGUACAUUUCGAUCUCAAGUGUGAAAACCUACUGGUAAACAUGAGGGAUCCACAGCGACCGAUCUGCAAGAUUGGUGAUCUCGGGCUAUCGAAGGUGAAGCAGCAUACUUUGGUGUCUGGUGGUGUUAGAGGAACCUUACCAUGGAUGGCGCCAGAGCUUUUGAGUGGGAAAAGCGAUAUGGUAUCAGAGAAGAUUGAUGUGUACUCAUUUGGUAUUGUGAUGUGGGAGCUACUUACUGGUGACGACCCGUACUCAGAUAUGCGUGCUGCUGAAAUAAUUGGGGGCAUCGUGAACAAUGCUCUCCGUCCUCAGAUCCCUUCCUGGUGUGAUCCUGAAUGGAAAUCAUUGAUGGAAGGUAGCUGGGCUGGUGAACCGUCUGACAGACCAUCGUUCACUGAAAUAUCUCAAAGAUUGAGGAAAAUGGCUGCAGCAAUGAACGUGAAGUAAAUGCUCAAAUUAUUAGCCACUCAAAGGGGCAUGUAAAGAUUCCCUGACUUGAGGAAGGCAAACCCGGAAUAUAUGUUACAGGUGUCUUGGCAGCAUCUCGGUUUAUCCUAGUUCAAAUGAGACUUUAUGAAGGCCUUCCAUGGCACGGGAAUUUUUAUAACAUAUUUGAUGAUUUUUUGUCAUGGAGUCAUCAGCUGCCAUUUGACUGCCAUAUGAAAUAUAGUGCAUCUGUCCAUUCCUCAAGAUGGGAACUGUUGGGUUGUAAUGUAAAUAAAUUUUGUCUCGCCUUCAUCCGGUGCAUGUUAGAUGUGCGCGGUACUAGACACGGUUCGAAGUUGGAUGCAGUUAUCCUUUUUUCAUACAAUUGUGUCCUGAGAAGAGAGGGAACAAACUUGAACUGUGAUAUCCUUAUUCAGAUUGUACAUAGUUCACGAAUAAGAUUUUCACGUUGAAUGGAAAAUGGUCUUGCCCAUA